AUGUUAGCUAAACAGGCAUGGAGGUUAAUCUCAAAUCCUCAGUCACUGAUUGCACAAGUUUACAAGGCCAAAUACUUUCCAAACCACCCUUUUAUGGAGGCAGAACUUAGAGAUGCCCCCUCCUUUUCAUGGAGGUGCAUAUUAGAGAGUUGUUCUAUCUUGGCAGCUAGUAUUCAAUGGAAAGUGGGGAUUGGAGAACAUGUAGAUGUACGGAAGGACAGCUGGAUUUCUGAAUGUCCUUGUUACCUCAUUCAGAAGCCGCUUCAUACUACCAUCAAUAAGGUAGCUGAGUUAAUCGAUAGGGAAACCCGAAGUUGGAAUCAGAAUGUUGUGCAUGCUACUUUCCUACCUAAAGUAGCUACAAAAAUUCUCAGCAUUCCAUUAAGUAGAAGUGCAGGUGCAGGUGCAGAUCGAUAUAGAUGGCAGCCAGAGAAGAAUGGAAGAUAUACUGUAAAGUCAGCAUAUUGGAUUGCUCGACAGCAGGUUAUGGGAGAGUUCCUAACUUCUACCUCAUCGAGAAAUCCAUAUGAGGCUCUUUGGAAGAAAAUAUGGAACACAAAGAUUCUUGGGAAAGUGAAAAUCUGCUUAUGGAUGGCUGCAAACAAUAUCUUGCCUACUCAAGAAAGUUUGAGUUACAAGGGGUAUACUGGUCCCUUCGAUUGCUUACUAUGUAGUGAGGUGUUGGAAACAAAUAGCCCUGUUGCGCAAGAGGCCAUUGAAGCAGCAAAUAUUCCAAUUGCCGGUUGUCUGCCAGGAAGUAUCAAAGAAUGGCUUUUGUAUCAGGGUCACCAUCUAAAUAGAAAAAAAUGGGAGAAGCUACUUAUGCUAAUUUGGGCUCUCUGGAAAAAUAGAAACAGUAAGUUGUGGAACAAUACUUUCACAAGUGCUCAUGUGAUUGUAGUUACCACAUGCACUUGGUAUGAACAAUUUCUACAAGCGCAGAAGACUCAGUUGCAUGAAAAAGUUGCCAAACUGGGUAAACAUUGGACUCCACCAUCUAGCAAUCAACUCAAAAUCAAUGUUGAUGGAGCUUUCUUGCCUUCUAACGAUAUUGGAGGUAUUGGUGGAGUUAUUAGACGAAGUGAUAGUUCUUUUGUGGCUGCUUUCUCUAAGUAUGUGCAGCAUGUCUCAUCUCCAAAGCAAUUGGAAUUGUUAGCAAUUAGAGAAGGCCCGGACUUUCUAAAGCAAAGAGGCCUCCAUGAUGCAGAGACUUUCGUUUCUGGAGGGGUGCGCGGCGAAGUAUGCCAAGUGUGGUGGUACGUCGUAUGCUGGGUCGGGCCAGUGCGGCUUGGUUGGGGUGUGUGUCAGCGCAGCAUGAAUAUGGUGGACUGGUGGUGGCAGGCGGUGCUGCGCGAGUGGACGCCUGUGGAUGAUGUCGUUUUUGGGCUUGUUCCAAAUCCUACUGGGCCUUGGGCUUCGGGCUUUCUCCUUUUGAGCUACCCAUUGGGCUUUUAA